AUGUUGCGAGUUGCUUUCGUCCUGCUGCUCUUGCUGUGCAGCGCCAAUGCGGGUCGACGAGGAAAGAAGCGUACGCAUCGCGUGGCCGCACCAGCCCCGCAAGCCACCAACUGUCCAGCUGCUGCAAGUUCAGGACAAGCGGCCAGCUCGGGAGAGGCGGCCUCAUCGGCAGGAGGUUCGUCCUUCUCCUACACGAUUGGCCAGCAGACCCUUGAGGCCUACGCUGUAAAUGCGAGCCACGCAGCCGCAAUGGAAAUUCUUUCAACCAGCUAUGAUGAUGAUCUUCUCAUCGUGUCACGGGCUGUGUUGGAGGAAGUGAUCCGAGAGUGGAAGGUGUUGAAGCAGGCAAGACAAGCAUCCCGCUGUUUGCGUGUAACAGUUGCCGCUUCGGGAGCAGGCGCUUAG